AACAUUUGAUAGGUUUAGCAAAGUUAGUAGAGAUUGCAGUCAGUGGGAAUAUCAAAAUGAGAAGUCAAAAAUGUGUAUGAUAUAUAUUAUAUAUUGUGUAGUUACCAAUUAUAUUGUAACCUAUUUUAUACAAGUUUAACUGAAUUAUUAUUGUACUUGUUGCUGGCCAUUUGAUAGUUUUAGAAAAUAUUGGGUUUCACUUGCAUCACAUGGCAUGGCUCAUGAAUAACAUAUGAGCACAUGAGUAGCCCUAUCUUGUUUCUAGCCUGAGCAUCUCCCUGGAAGUGUUGCAAUGGAAACCUAAACUUUGGGAGAGUUUGAAUCCUGUUGCCACUAGACGAGGAGUUUAUUCAAUGCCAUCGCUUUUAUAACAAAACGUGUAGUUUGAUGACCUGUGAGCUACGACUGUAUAAAACAAGAAUGGCCCUUGAGAUGUCCAACGAUAAACGGAUAAAACUCGGAGCGCUCUGGUGACUCGAAUCCAAUUGCGCCCCUAUCCAAAAAAUAUCCUCCCCAACCGGGAGAUUCAUACUGGACGUUUGGAAGCGGAACGAACGAUGACUAGACGCAGUGACAGCGAUAAUGACGGAGAGACUUCAUCCCCGUCUCCGUCCUGGCGCCCAAAGAAAUGUAAAGGUGAAAAGCAUGUGUCUUUCCCUCCGGAUGAGGAGAUAGUGUCAGGCUUCGCUGAGCGCAAGGACACGAUCAAUGUUGACAGCCUCACCUUGGCAGAGGUAAUUGAGGCCUACAAGAGGAGCUGCGACAGGCACCAGGUGGAACCUAAACCCAAGAUUCUGGAACAACUUGAGCAGGUUACCAGUUUAAAUGGCAGGGCCCCAUGUCUGGAUUUGAAAGGUGAGCGAUUAGACCACCUUUCCUGCGAGGCUCUGGAAGUCAUACUGAAAUCACUGAGCUUUGAUUUCAUCAAUCUGCAAGCGGCAGAGCUGGAGGAAAAUGGAACAUCAUCCUUGCUGGAUAUGAUUUUGUAUUAUGAAUCUACCCCCCAUCUUGACAUCUCUGACAACACCGGCAUGGGGAUAUCUGGUUGGAAGGCCCUCUCUCAUUUGAUAAAGCAGAGUGUGUGUCUGUUGAGGCUGGAUGUGUGUAACGUGGCCCUGCUACAGUAUCCAGCCCAGGUCCUGUCAAGAGCCCUCCUAAGCAGCAGACUCACCGUGCUGCACCUCCAAAGCACCUGCCUCAGUGGCAGACCCCUCUUCACGCUUGUGGCUGCUCUGAAGAGCAACAGAGCGCUUCGGGAGCUGUACCUGUCCAACAAUAAUCUGAACAGCGAACAGGACUCUAUGCAGUUAGGAGACCUGCUCAGAUACAACAGCUCAAUCACUACUCUGGACCUCAGCAACAACACCAUAGCAAACUCAGGACUGGAGGAGAUCUGUGAAGGUCUGAGAGUUCAGACAGAUGGACUGAAGGUUCUGAUUCUAUGGAACAACCAGAUCACUAACAAUGGACUGGUCCAUCUAGCCAAAGUUCUGCCUGUCCUAAAGACUCUGGAGACAUUAAACCUGGGGGAGAAUAACCUGCAGAACAGAGGUAUCCACACACUGAGGGAAUCUCUGAUGAUGAACCACUCACUUUUGCAGCUAGGCCUGGAACACACACACUUCACUUGUGAAGGCGCUGUGGCUUUGGCUGAGUUCCUAGCUGAGAGCCGUCAGAUCCAGCGCCUGGACGUGCGUGAGAACGAGGUCAGGGCUGGAGGUCUCAUGGCCCUCUCUCUGGCCUUACGAAUCAACCACAGCCUCACCUCACUAGACCUGGACCACACACCCAAACAGGAACAGGAGGACUUUCUGAUGGAGACACAGAAGAGUCUACUGAGAGAGAUCAGUGAGCUCUGCACGGGGAACGCUGCACGUCACCGCAUCGCCGUGGAAACAGAGCUGCCGUGGCCCGACUCCUCUGAGACCCGCUGACAACCCCACAACAUGACUGAAACGGAUACACACGUGCACGCAGACGCAUACUUUCUCUCCCUCACUCUCUGUCACGCACACACACACAGACGUCCUGUCCUAAUGUCCAUCCCAAACAGUUGACUAGCAGAUCUAUUCGAAUAAUAAUUCUAUGGCAAAUAAUGAUAACCAUAAAACUCCAAAUCUGGGUAAUAAAGCCAGAGCUCUGCUCCCUAAUGAAACUUAGGGGUAUGUCCCAAAUAGCACCCCUAUUCCUUAUGUAGUGCACUACUUUUGACCCGGACCAAUGGUCCGCCCUGCUGAUCCCAGGCUAAUGCUCCUGCCUAGGCUCACACACUUUCCAUGAAGCAAUAUUGCAAGCCCACUCAAAACGUGAAUCACCUAGAAAUGAAGAGAGUUGUUUUCUCUCUUUUUCGCCUCGUCCCCCCCCCCCCUCGUUUAAUGUCCCCGGAGUGUGAUGCGGACUAAAGCUCUGUUGAUACGGAAAGGUGUGUGUGUGUGUCAUGACUAAUGUUCAGGGGAGCACUCUUGUGUCUGGUUGUUACUUAUGUUCCACAGCAUCAUCUGCAUGACAGCCACAACUGAACUCUGCUAACUUACGUUCGCACAUGGACAGCCUCAGGUAUGUCACACAGUUUCAGCGAUGACAGUUUGCCUUUUGUUUUUAUUGCGCUGUCUUGCUUCUUUUAUGAGUUUUCACAUAAUCAGUUUGUACCCUGGUAUUUUUAGGAUUCAUGUUCAGAAACGUGAUGUAGUUCUAAACAGAUAUGAACAUUUCAAUCAUUGGUUUGGAGCUUCUGGUAAAACUAUUUUAGAUGGACUGAGGGAACAAGGGAUCAAAAUGCUUCACAUCAACAGGGAACGGGACUACUUUAAUGUUGUAUUAUAUGACUUAAUUUCUCUAUCUAGGAUUUUAUAUACGUAUGAUGAUGUCAUCUCGUUGUUGCUGUGUGUUUGUCACUCUUACAGAAAGUGUAUAUUUGUCACAUGGAUUUGUUUCUGCAGUAAAAAAGGAAUGACAGAAUUGCAGCUAAGGAAGGCAUUGCUUGAUUUUGACAUACGCAUCAUAAAAAUGAGAGCGUGGGCAAAAUGCUUCUCUGCAUAACCACUCUGUUAAUGUAUAGGCUAAUACAUGGUACUUACGGUACUUACUGGACACCAUUUCCACUUUGAAUCAUACAGGGAUUGAAGUUUGUAGUGAUUCUGAUGGAUUUGUGCUUUUUGUGGCUAUAACAGUUACAAAACUUUGUGCACUUUUUGUUAAAUACCAAAUAAAUACCAAUACAAAAAAAAACAUUUUCCCCUCUGUUUUCUCUCAUGUCUAUUUGCGUCCCAAAUGGCCCCUUCAGGCCCUGGUCAAAAGUAGUGCACUACAUAGGGAAUAAGGUGCCGUUUGAGACGUAGCCUAUUUCUCUCCUCUCCCCUAAAUCCAUGUUUAUUAAAGAUCUGCUGAUUGACAGAUGAGGGUAGACAGGUGUAUUUAACAGGAGAUGAUCUCUCCCUCUUUGUCCUUGGGUGUGAAUUUGGUUUCACACUGCCUAGAUAACCACCCAAACACCCCUGCCGGCCAGUCCCUUCCCCUGGUGGCCUCUCACACCCCCUCCUUCCUUUCAGUUCGGGAAGGGGUGUGUCUGUGACUGUGUGUUUGUGUAAAGGAGGUGAUGUGGUAGAGUUAGAAGCAGAUUGGCAGAGCAGCAUGGAGCACCCCUGCCCCCCUUAGUUCACUGUUCCCAAACCCCCACACUCCACCUGAUGUUUUAACAAAGGCCUCCAUCUCCACCAUCGGCAGCACCCACCACAACCAUGGCCAUGGCUCCCUCCCAACCUCCAAGCCCCAGCCAGCCCCUACCUUAGCCAGGUCAGCCACAGCCAGGUCCAACCCUAGCUCCAAGCCUCUAGCCAGACCCCAUCCCAGCAGAGCCUCCACAAUCCUGGAAUCAACUAGGUAUGAAACCUGAUGGCAGCGAGACGAUGGAGAGACAGAAGCAGAUGCACUGACAGUGGGAGUAGGGCUGGGUCCUCUACGGCUGCUGCACAUGAGUGAAACACCUACACCCUUUAUCACAUUUGGGAAAAGCAGUGAGAAACAGAACAGGGUCAGCACUAUUAGCACUUCAUUCAACCUAUUUGUUUAGUUUAAUCCCACACAUAUGAAAACGGGGAAAGAAAUGAAUAAUUAACUGCUUGUGUAGUUGAGCUUAGAAGUGCUGAACACAUUUUUUACGAAAGCAACUUUUAGUUUGUGAUUAAACAUUGUUACCGUAACAGAUGCUGGACACAUGUUAAUGACCCACUUAAUAUCCACUUUUAGACAUAUCAAAGUAGUAAAGCUGCAGCGCAGGGGAAAUCUGCAGCACCGAUGGAGAAUAGGUCAGAGGGAGUUUGAUCAUUUCUCCUACACUGACAAUUAUGGGCAAGCAAUUAGACAGGACAGUAGCAUACAUUACUAAUGAGCAAUGCUCUAACGAAGACCACCUCAACUCUCCCAUCCAUCACGGAGAAAUAGCCCUGACUUUCCAAUAGGAAUGAGAGCAACACACAGAAACACACACACAGAGCUCAACAGAGCCUGCUGUUGCAGCGUGGCUCUUGGAGGUGUUCCCCUAGUUUGAUGAAUUUCCAUCCCUGCUGUAAAUGUGGCUGCUUCUCCUUCUCUCCUCUCCCCCCCUGUCAACACAAUCCCUCUGUCGAUCCGUUGUGAGGCCGGGGCGCGGUGGGGGCCGUUCCGCCCCUUGCGGUGUCCUCUAGGCGCUCACUGGGCCACCUCUUUCCCCGCCCCGCCUGAACGCACCCCCUCCCUGUCAGCGCCUGUCAUCUACUUCCGAAAGCUGGCAUGGCCCAGCCGGAAGAGGGAGAGUGAUUGUCCCGUCGCCCCACCACUUUCCCUCUCUUUUUCCUCCUCCUCCUCCAAAUAAUUUCCUUGGUACUUAUCAGUGACAUAUUAAUGAAUCUGCCUUGCCAUUACAAUAGGCAGAAACUAACUUCAGAGGGAGAAAGAAGGAGGAAGCUCUCACCCUGGGCUUGCUAUGCUGUCCUCACACACUAAUGAGAGAGAGCAGCUUCUUGGCUUUGUCAGAGGAGGAUGUUUGGAGCAGAAGAGCAGUGCCUCUGCUGUGUGUGUGUGUGUGUUGAUCAUGUAAGGUGAGAGUUUUCACACUUGGGAUAUAAAUGUAAGCUACUGAGGAUAUUUCAAAGUCAAGCAUGUUUUCACAGGGAAGGGGUGUGUGUGUGUGUGUGUGUGUGUAGGAAAUGCUGGAAAUGUUCAGGUGCCACUUAUUUAGAGGGUGGCUCAUUUAUACUCAUCUAAAGGACAAAGCACUCAAAAUAACUCGAGACGGACACAAAUACAAAGCUGAGAAUAAGAACAAUUAAUUAAUAUAGUUGUGUUUUUGUAAUAUUUAACAAUUCGAUUGUCUUUGCAGAUUUCCCCAUAAAGCAAAGCAAAACAAUAUUGUCUGUAAGCUUGAAGCUGUCCUCUAGAAAUAUAAUGUUGACAAAUGAUUAUAAAGGUAGGUGAUGUCUCUCACAGACUUCGCCUGCCUAGCACCUCCUUUAAUCAAUGAAAGCAUUUUCCAGACCUCCCGACAGUGAGUGGAGCAGACAAUAAAUAUUGGCAGAAAAGAAAAAUGUGUCGUCCUCCCGACUCGAGGGGCACAUAAUGAUAUUCACAAGGAGACCACCCGCAGAGACGGAAGGCAAACUGUUCCUAAGCAACAAAACACAUUUUCUUUCUGAACGCCAAUGAGGCAAGGUUUUCUGGGGGAAAAUUUCCCCACCAAGUUAAGGCCUCGGCUCAUGGUGUGUGUGUGUGAAAGAGACAUUCCUCCAUGGCUUAAGCGGCUUUAAGGAACAGUGACCAGCAUCACACAGUGGAUUCUGUCCACCUGCAGCUCAGCAUAUUGACCCUAUGAUAUAGUAAGCUAUAACUGCUUAAAUUGGGUAAUGUGCUGAAAUCCUUUAUGGUAAAGAUGAAUGUAUCUAUUUAUGAUUAAACAUAUACAUAUAUAUAUAUA